AUGUCCGUCAGCACACCAAAUGAGUUAGAUGCAUUAAUAGAACAAGCCACUAGUGAGAGCAUUCCCAAUGGUGACCUUGAUCUCGCCAUAGCGUUGGAAAUUUCAGAUGUGUUAAGAUCUAGAAGGGUAAAUCCUAAAGAUUCUAUGCGUUGUAUAAAGAAAAGGAUUCUCAAUACGGCAAAUAAUCCAAAUACCCAAUUAUCUUCCUGGAAGCUUACCAACAUAUGUGUAAAAAAUGGUGGAACACCAUUUAUUAAGGAAAUAUGUUCCAGAGAGUUCAUGGAUACCAUGGAACAUGUUAUUUUAAGAGAGGAUAGCAACGAGGAGCUGUCUGAGUUGGUGAAGACGAUAGUGUAUGAACUAUACGUUGCCUUCAAGAAUGAUUCGCAACUAAACUACGUGGCAAAAGUUUAUGAUAAACUAAUAUCUCGGGGCAUCAAAUUCCCUGAAAAGUUAACACUUUCCAAUUCUCCGACUGCAAUGUUUGACUCGAAAACACCAGCAGAUUGGAUCGAUUCUGAUGCUUGCAUGAUUUGUUCCAAAAAGUUUUCUUUGCUGAAUAGGAAACACCAUUGUCGUUCCUGUGGUGGUGUUUUCUGCCAAGAGCACUCAUCGAAUAGUAUAGCGUUACCUGAUAUGGGGAUAUAUGAGCUGGUCAGAGUAUGUGAUAGCUGCUUUGAAGACUACGAUUUGAAGAGGCAUGACGAAAGUAAAAAAUCAAAGAAGCAUCGUCACAGAAAAAGAAGGGACAAGGACUACUCAACUCCUGAAAACGAAGAGGAGCUGAUAAAAAGAGCAAUAGAACUCUCCUUAAAAGAAUCAAGAAAUAGCGCUAGUAGUGAGCCUAUAGUCCCAAUUGUGGAAUCAAAGAGUGCGGGGAAGAUAGAAAAGAUAGAAGAAGAAGAAGAUCCAGAUUUAGAAGCUGCCAUUCAAGAAAGCUUGAGAGAAGCUGAAGAAGCAAAACUACGCAGUGAGCGUCAACAAGCCACCAGACAGCUUCAACCGCAACAGCAACCACCUAAACCUCAACCUAUUCAGUCCGUUGAUUUAUCUGAUGAGGAGAAAGACAACAUAUACAUGUUUGCAUCACUCGUUGAAAAAUUGAAAUCGAGGCCCUUGAACGAAAUUCUAGAAGACUCCAAAUUACAGAGUUUGGCACAAAAAGUAUUUAGUUCCAAAGCAAGAUUGAAUUAUGCCUUAAAUGAUAAAGCUCAAAAAUACAAUACUCUAAUAGAAAUGAACGGCAAGAUUUCGGAAAUUAUGAAUAUAUACGAUAGAUUAUUGGAGCAACAGCUACAAAGCAUCAAUUUGUCUCAACAAUACACACUUCCGCAAGUCCCUUCUGACCCGUACAGUUACCCAACGGAGAAUAUGGCCAAUCAGGCGCAAAAUUAUCAAAUACCUCCUCUCCAGCAACCAUCAUCUCAUCAGUACAAACCGCAACAGGAGAUUUCAUACCAACAGCCAGUAAAAGCGAACCCAUCUCCUACCACUAAUAUUGAUCACUUAAAAACCAUUAAUGUGGUACCACACGCACAGCAAGAGUCUCAAGCGCAAGUUGAACUUGCGCCUUCUGACCCACCAUAUCCAAAGGAAGAGGGCGACGACGAAGAAAAACAAACAGCGCAAGACGAGGGAUCUUCUACCCAAGAAUCCCGCGAAAGGCCGUAUCCCGUAGAAACAGAAACUGGAGAAAAUUCAAGAAAUGAACGGCCUCAAGGUAUUACACGUUACGAUUUCCCGACUGUUCCUGCACGCAAAGUUGUCCAACCGGAGCUAACUGUACCAAUCUCUGCAAGCCCCUCUGAAAUUCCGAUCAAAGAAGAAAGGCCGCCAACUCCUCAGGAGGAACUACUAAUAGAGCUUUGA